UGAACGAAGAUUGAGCUUCACAGACGAAAACUUCCUCCUGUGUCCAACAUCUCAGGAUAUUAGAAGGGGAGGAUUUGCUGACAGAAAUCUCAAACCAAACAUCAUGUCAAGAUCUGACAGACUCACUCGACUCAUCGGGACCUGAAUAUGAUCAGCCUUUGAAUCUAGAAGGAGAAAUGUUUGUCUGUUUUGUUUUCUUCAAAAGGUUUUAAACAUCAGUGUGUCUGCAAAAGCAUGAGACACACACACCCCGAGUGAGAGUGUUCCAGUGCACUGACUGUGGAAAAAUCUUUAACCAGUUUCUCAGCUUGAGAAAAACAUCACCAUUCAAAGCGGCGAGAGACCGUACACGUGUUCUGUGUGAGUACGAGGCUUCAACUGAUCAUAGAACCUGGAGAGACACAAGGACACGAACACCAUGGAGAAACCGUGGAAAUGUGGGGACUGUGGGAAGGGAUUCAGAUCCCCAUCUGCAUUGGAAACUCACUGGCGCAGUCACACUGGGGAGAGGCCAUUCACCUGUUCUGAGUGUGGGAAGGGAUUCACUCAGUCAUCUCACCUGCAGACACACCAGCGAGUUCAUACUGGGGAGACACCGUUCACUUGCCCUGAGUGUGGGAAGGGAUUUAGUCAGUUAUCCAGCCUGCAAUCACACCAGCGAGUUCACACUGGGGAGAGACCAUUCACCUGUUCUGAAUGUGGGAAGAGAUUCACUAAUUCAUCCCACUUGCAGAGACACCAGCGAGUUCACACUGGGGAGAGGCCGUUCACCUGCUCGGAGUGUGGGAAGGGAUUCAGUGAUUCAUCCCCCCUGCUGAUGCACAAGCGAGUUCACAGUGGGGAGAGGCCGUUCACCUGCUCUGAGUGUGGGAAGGGAUUCACUCGGUCAUUCUACCUGCUGUCACACCAGCGAGUUCACACCGGGGACUGGCUUGUCUGUUCUGAAUGUGGGAAGAGAUUCACUCGGUCUUGCGAUCUGCUGGCACACCAGCGAGUUCACACUGGGGAGAGGCCGUUCAUCUGUUAUGUGUGUGGAAAGGGAUUCCCUCGGUCAUCCACCCUGCAGACACACCAGCGAGUUCACACCGGGGAGAGGCCGUUCAUCUGUUCUGAGUGUGGGAAGGGAUUCACCCGGUCAUCCGACCUGCAGAAACACCAGCGAAUUCACACUGGGGAGAGGCCGUUCACCUGUUCUGAGUGUGGGAAGGGAUUCACUCGGUCAUCUCAUCUGCUGGUACACCAAAGAGUUCACACCGGGGAGAAGCCAUUCACCUGCUCUGAGUGCGGGAAGGGAUUCAGUGAUCCAUCCACCCUGCUGAGACACCAGCGAAUUCACACGAGGGAGAGGCCGUUCGCACGCUCUGAGUGUAGGAAGAAAUUCACUUGUUCAUCCGAGCUGCUGACACACCAUGACAGUCACACUGAUUAGAGACCUUUUAGAUGCUCUGACUGUGAUUGUCGAUUAUGUCAAUUGAGGUUAAGUAUAUGCAGGUGGACAUCAUGGAUUGGAUAGUUACUUGAGCAUAUAUAAAAAGACCCUUAUUGACAGAGUGGAGUCGAGUCAGAAGGUAUAUACCCAUAAUGUUUCACUCAGUGAAUAAAUCUAUACCUAGUAAAGAUUGGCUCCGGUUUCUUCCUCCACCAUCAGGUUCUUAGGAUUAUAACAUGGUAGCAGAGAAUGCAUGUUUAAUGGUGAAGGUUGGAAACUAAAGGAAAAUAAAACUUCACACCGAAACUUACAACCUUAGUAGCUUUUGUGAGAAAUGGCUGAAAGCAAGUGCAAAUUGUCAGGGUCUGAUUACCCGCCGAUGUUCUCGGAGUCUGAGCCACACGACCAGUGGAAGAAUGAAGUGGAUAUGUGGACACGGGUUACGUCUCUACCAAGGAGGAAACAAAAUCUGGUCUUGGCAUUGUCACUUACCAACAAAAGUAAAA